GUUUCUGCAGCAGUCUCGUCUGUGGUAUAGAUGUGAUUUCGGUUUUCUGAUGCCUGAACCUAAGAUACAUGCAGAACAUUUAUCAUGGUGAAUCUGCUGCUGCUGCUGGGUUUGAUCACUUACAGCGCUCAGUUUAAAACCUCCGCUAUAUCUGUGUCAGGAGAAAAGAGAGGAAACAUCAGACUCAGAUGUGAACAUGAGGACAAUAAUACUGUUAUCACUGAUUUAUUCACUCCAUCAAGAGUCAUAUCUGUGUGUGAGACUGAAGAAUGUAGUGGACGAGUGUUUAAAGAAGGAAACUGUGACGUCGUCAUCAAGAAUCUGAUCUUCAGUGACGCUGGGAAAUACACUUUGAGAAUCUAUUACAAUAAUGAUCAGACAGAGCUGAAGUACCAACUUCAUAUUCAUGAUGAGGUCUCUGUGGACAUCGGUGAGCAGCUGAAGUUAGAUGUUCUGUUGUCAGAAGCUGAUAAAGUGCAGCAUCAGAGCAGAAGAAGCACAGAGUGGAUGAAGGUCUGGAGCAGAAGUGAUGGAGUUCAGAGCCAAAGAAUCAGCAUCAGAGAUAGAAACCUGAUCAUUAGUAACUUUACAGCCAGAGACACAGGAUCAUACAGAGUUCUGGAGCCUUCAGGAGAAACCUUGAUCACAGUCACAGUCAGAGAAUCAAAGGAAAAACUGGAGCACACUGAUGACACUAAAUAUGAUCCUGUCGUCUCUUGGAUUGCACUGACUGUGGUUGUGCUUCUGCUGGCUCUGAUUCUGACUGCUGUCACGUUACACAAGCGUCUGCUCAGAGGUGACCUGCGGUGUCUCUCGAGGAGGACAAGAGCCCCAGAAGCACUGAGGGCCCAUAAUGAUGUCUGCUGAGGGCCCCACAGACUCUGAUUAAACUGGAGAGGUGUGCAGGACAUUAGUGACCUCACUGCUGAACACUGAACUCACCAACACUUCAACAGAUGUGUAAAGAAGCAGAAACAUCAGUAGAAACGGUUAGAAACAAUAUGUGUUCAAGAACUGGCUUCAAAUAUCAGACGUGUGUGAAUCCCUCAGACUGGAUGAAAUCAAAGUCUGAAACUAAAGAAAUCACGUGUUCAUCACACAGUUCAGGAUUUUCUGGUAAAUCUGUCAGAUCUGACUGAGCAAAGUCUAGCAGCUCACACUGUUUUCAGUCUUUAUGCACAUUUGAGCUGGAGCCUAUCUCUGUUUGUUAUCUGUAUCUGCAUUCAGCAUUAGACAGUGUGCAUGUAAAUAUGUGUAUUUGUACAGUUUUCUAUUGUUUAUAUGUUGCUUUUGUUUGUUUAAUAGAGAAUGUACAUUAUUAUUGGUAAAUAUGCUUUGAAACAGUAUUUAUUCUGAAAAACUAUACAAAAAAUAAAGCGCUUUAAG